UGAAGCGAAGUAAGUGUUCCAGUGUUACAAGCGCUAAGCGAUAAGCAUGUACCACGUUCUUCUGAUCGUCGAAUGUAGUAUGUAUGAUUGUGACAGAAAUAGCCUCGGUAGUGCUUGUGACAUCCUUCGUGUGCAUGAUGCUCAAUGAGCACCACUAUCAUCCUCAAUUCUAACUCGUCUCUACCGAACGCGACAUACGCGUCAUCAACCCUUUCUAUGCUGCAACUGCGGCAACCCAACCUCCAAGAGCCACCUCCAACAUUUCCACAUUUCCACGAAAGAAGGCUGGCGCUCCCUUCAAAUGGUCAUUUUCACCUGCCAUCUUCAGUGGGUAGGUACCCAAGACAGAUGACUCCACCGUCCACGUUGUCAGCGACAUGGUGCAAAAGUUAGCAAGGGACCCAGGUUCUGAUUGGUACCAAGAUCAAUCCUAUGCAGAGUGCAUGGCAGGCCGCAGAGUGUUAUCACGUUAUAACAACUACUUUUCCAUAGUUCUUAGUUCUCACCCUUCCCCUCGUCUCACCCAUUGAACGCGACAUACACAUCAUCAACGUCAUGCGGCCACCGCACCCUCUUAAUCCUCGACCUCCAAGCCACAUCCACUUUUCCACCAAGAAGGCUGCCGCUCCCUUCAAAUGAUCAUUUCCAUCCGCCGCCUCCAGCGUGUCCCAGAUGCAUUCCCGUC